GAGUGAGAACGGGGUAACCUCCAACUCCCAAGACUCCACUGUGCGGUUUCUCCUAAACAGAGCUCUAGGAGGUGUCGCAAGACAAGCAGCCGCUGUCACCUACAUAUCUUUCUCGCAAUCCGCCUUCCUCUAGCAUUAGAUUCUUUCCUUCUUUUUAGCCGAUUGAUCCAAUGGCCGGACGAUUUGUUCGCGCGUCGAAAUAUCGACACGUCUUUGGAAAGCCGACAAAGAAGGAAUUCUGCUAUGACAAUCUCCAUAUCAGCCGCAAUGCUUGGGACACCAACCUGGUGAAGGUUAACCCCGAGUACCUUUCCGUCAAUUGGGAAUCUGGUGGCGGUGGGGCUUUUGCCGUCAUCCCCCUGAACGAGCGCGGCAAGCUGCCAGACCAAAUACCUUUGUUCCGGGGCCAUACUGCUGCUGUGCUGGACACAGACUGGUGCCCUCACAAUGACCGUCUCAUCGCCUCCGCAUCCGACGACGGCAAGGUGUUUAUCUGGGAGGUGCCCCAGGGCUUCACCCUCUACACCGACGCUGAAGAGAUUACCGAUGUGUCGCCGGUCAGCAAGCUGGCUGGUCACUCAAGGAAAGUCGGCCAUGUUCUCUUCAACCCUGCGGCCGAGAACAUCCUCGCGUCCUCUUCCGGCGACUUGACCAUCAAGCUGUGGGAUAUUGGUACGGGUCAGGCUGGGCUCACGCUUAAGCACCCCGAUGUGGUACAAAGUCUGUCUUGGAGCGCGAACGGCGCGAUGCUUGUGACCACCUCAAGGGACAAGAAACUGCGCGUUUGGGAUGUGCGCCAGGAGAAGCCAGUGCACGAAUAUCCGGGCCACGAAGGGGCCAAAAACAGCCGCGCAGUGUGGAUGGGCGAGCAUAACCGCAUUGCUACCACCGGAUUUUCCAGAAUGAGCGAGCGGCAAAUUGGUCUCUGGGAGCCAGGUCGCAAGGAUCCCAUCGGCGGUUUCACCUCCCUCGACUCCAUCUCUGGUGUCUGCAUGCCGUUCUGGGACGAGGGAUCAAACUGCCUUUAUCUUGCAGGAAAGGGCGACGGCAACAUUCGCUACUUCGAGUACGAAAACGACAAGUUCGAAUUCCUCUCCGAGUACAAGUCUGCGGAUCCCCAGCGCGGUAUCGCCUUCCUGCCGCGCCGCGGCAUCAAUGUCCACGAAAACGAGGUGAUGCGGGCUUACAAGACCGUCAACGACACCUACAUCGAGCCCAUCUCGUUCACCGUGCCGCGCCGUGCCGAGACUUUCCAGUCCGACAUCUAUCCUCCCGCCACCGGUCUCAAGCCUGCUAUGUCUGCUAAGGAGUGGUUUGAUGGCAAGACAGCUGUUUCGCCCAAGAUUGACCUGGAAAGCGUGUAUGAAGGCAAAGCGCCGGUCGAAGUCCCCGCCGACUACAAACCGUCUCCCGCUGCUGCGCCUACUCCUGCCCAGGCGCCCGCACCGGCUCCCAAGAAGGAGCCCGAGCCGGCACCUACCCCGGUCCGUGCACCGGCGACGGUGGCAGACCAGAAGACCUCCAUGUCUGCCAUGGCGAAUAAGUUCCAAGAUGUCGAGGCAGUUGAAGAUGAAGACGAGACCUCAAGCUUUGAAGAGAUCUCGCGCCCCGCCCCGCGCACAACUCUUCCUGUCCGGUCUCCUGCCAAACCGGAGCCCAUCGCAACUAAUGCCCCCCCACCUCAAGCAAAACCCUCGUCGCCGGUCAAGUCUUCGGAACCAUCUGCGGCACCUGCCACUCGUCCUGCGGCCUCGGCUUCGCCGGCGAGCCCUGCCCUCGAGGCCUCUCUGGCGCAGAUCAAACAGCUGAUUGAGCAGCAAGGCCAGGUCAUCAGCGCGCAAACGGAAAAGAUCACAGCCCAGACCCAGCUCAUCUCUCGUCUGGCUGCCGAGGUGGAAACGCUCAAGAAGAGGGUCGGCACAGGCACACAGGACCAGAGCGAGCGGAUCCGGCAACUCGAGCUAGAGUUGGAGGCUGCCAGAUCGUGAGUGUGUGAUACAGGCAGAGGUUCCAAGGGGCAGAGAGCUGCAUAUGGUGAGGCAGCACAGCUACGACGACGUUCAUGAGCAAUGGGCCGGCGUUUCGCGUCCUCCAUAUAAGCCAUCAUAGGAGGCAGCGGUCGGAAUAUUUCGUCUUGGUUUUCUCUCCUGGAC